GCCCGCCCGCGCGCCUCUCACCCCACCGCGGCCCGCUCGGCCCGCCCUCCCGCAGCCUCCGCCCCCGGCACGAGGGCCCCCGGGGCGUCCUCGCCGCACGCUGACUUGGCUCGGGCUGCUCUGCCGGCCGCACUUCCCGCCCUCGCCUGGGUCCGCGCGGCCGCCGCUCACCGCCCUCUCCGCCGCGCUCCGCUGCCGCUCCACCGCUGCCAGCCGCGCGUCCUCGCGGGGCCCCGCCGCCUUCCCUCCGGCCGCCCGGACGCUGUCGCCUCGCUGUGCCGUCCAGCCGCCCGGCUCUUGAGACCCCGCGCGCUCGGCGAACGCACAGGCGCCGCCAUCCCCGCCGUCGCCACGGCCAACUCGGGUGCCACGCGCCACCGCCGGCGCCGCGCCACCAGCGCCGCCACCAGCGCCGCCACCGCCACCAGCCAGCCGCCCACCAUGGCCCCGCAGCCCACAGGUAGCAGGAAGCGGAGAGCGCCGUCGGAACCAGGGUUGGCUGGGGCGGACGGAGAGGGGCGCCUGCUGCCCAAGAAGCAGAGGGUACCUGCGACGCGUCACUCGCUGGUGCACUACCUGAAGGAGCGAGAGGUGGGGGCGCGGGAGCGCGCGGUGCUCUCGGGCUUCGAGGGCGAGUUGAGCAGCCACGCGGUGCGGAGCCUGCCCGAGUUGCUGAAGGAGAAGCCGGUGGUCCUGGGCACACUCAAUAAAGUGUUCGCAUCAAAGUGGCUGAAUGCCAGGCAGGUGGUGUGCGGCACCAAGUGCAACACGCUCUUCGUGGUGGACGUGCACUCGGGCCACAUGACGCGCCUCCCGCUGUUGCGGGACAUGAUGCCAGAGCUGACCCCGGCUCAGCAGAACUGUGGCAUCCAUGCCAUUGAACUGAACCCCUCUAAGACACUUUUGGCCACAGGGGGCGAGAACCCCAAUAGCCUGGCCAUCUAUCAGCUGCCAACCCUGGACCCUGUGUGCCUGGGCGACCAAGAAGGCCACAGGGACUGGAUCUUUGCUAUUGCCUGGAUAAGUGACACUGUGCUUGUGACUGGUUCCCGUGAUGGCACGGUGGCUCUGUGGCGGUUGGAUCCUAAAAUGCUAAAUGAUUGUGUUGCAAGGAACAAGCACCGGGGCCUUCCCAUGUACUCCCACAUCUUCCCAAGGGACAUGGAAGCCAUCCCUAGGGCCAGCAUUAACCCCGGGAACCGCAAGGUGCGUGCCCUGGCCUUCAGUCGCAGGAACGAGGAGCUGGGAUCCGUUUCCCUGGAUGGCUAUUUCCACCUGUGGAAGCCUCGCAACUUCCUCUCCAGGCUGCUGUCCAUCCGGCUGCCCUACUUCCGAGAAAACGUGUGCCUGACCUACUGCGAUGAGUUGUCUCUGUAUGCUGUUGGCUCACAAGCCCACGUCUCCUUUGUGGACCCGCGCCAGGCACACCACAACAUCCGACCUCUGUGCUCACGGGAAGGUGGUACCGGAGUGCGUUCCCUGAGCUUCUACCAGCACAUCAUCACCGUGGGGACGGGCCAUGGCUCCCUGCUCUUCUAUGAUGUCCGAGCUCAGAAGUUCCUGGAGGAGCGAGAGAAGGUUGUGCUGAAUUCCUCUCCAGGCACUGCUCGGAAGAAGCUCAAGCUCACCUGCGGCAGAGGCUGGCUCAAGCACGAUGGCCCCUGGGUCAAUUACUAUGGUGGGGUGGAUGAAUUCCCCAAUGCGCUCUACACCCACUGCUACAACUGGCCGGAGAUGAAGCUCUUCGUGGCUGGGGGGCCUCUCCCUUCUGGUCUCCAUGGGAACUAUGCGGGACUGUGGAGCUAAGGAUGGCCGCGUAAAGUACACAGAUUUGCUUUUCAGAUAUGUUUCUUUCCUCAAUUUACCUUUGUGCUUUUACUGCUGUGUGGCUUUAUUCUUGCACAUGGAGUGCGUUUGAGCUUUCCUGUGCUUGGUGUGUAAUUAGGCAGAGAGAGAGCAAGAGAAGAGAAAAGGGUUGGGGGGCAGAGGAGAAUCAGUGAUAACACUCUCCUAAGCAAACAAAUCUUGGCUUUAAAGAUUCUGCCGCCUAACCCAAUAGUGCUGUUUCUGUCUUCUAAAAGAAUGAUGUUAUCUAAAACCUUAAUUAUGUUCUUUGAGUGAUUUAGUUAAGGUCUUGCUUUAAGAUUAUGUACUAAUGUUCCUCAUUCGAAUUUGAUACUUAACUUUUUACUGAUAUUUUAAUAUUCAAUAGUAUAUUCAGAUAUUGUUCACAAUAUAGAUGUAUGGCAUUUAGGGAGACUCCUGAAAAGUGUCUUUGGAGCAGAUUUGAGGAACUGUCCAUCAUUUGAAAUCCUGCAUCAAUUUGAAACUGCAAUUGAAGUUCUACAUUGACUGCAUUUGAGGACUUGGCUCAUUUGGGUGUGGGAAUGUGAAUGUAUGUUGAUUGUGUAUCAUUAGUGGAUAUAAUUCUUGGAAAAUUCGUUGUUUUUGUUGUGAAAUGUUAUAAUGCUCAUACUAUUAGUGCAUACAUUACUAUUGUUUAACACUUUCAGU